AUGUCCCCACUGUGCUCUUAUGUCCCCACUGUGCUCUUAUGUCCCCACUGUGCUCUUAUGUCCCCACUGUGCUCUUAUGUCCCCACUGUGCUCUUAUGUCCCCACUGUGCUCUUAUGUCCCCACUGUGCUCUUAUGUCCCCACUGUGCUCUUAUGUCCCCACUGUGCUCUUAUGUCCCCACUGUGCUCUUAUGUCCCCACUGUGCUCUUAUGUCCCCACUGUGCUCUUAUGUCCCCACUGUGCUCUUAUGUCCCCACUGUGCUCUUAUGUCCCCACUGUGCUCUUAUGUCCCCACUGUGCUCUUAUGUCCCCACUGUGCUCUUAUGUCCCCACUGUGCUCUUAUGUCCCCACUGUGCUCUUAUGUCCCCACUGGAGCAGCCAAUGUGGGCAAGUCUGCUUUCAUCUGCGCGUUGCUAGACGAGAUGGCGAGUCGGGACAUCAUGGCAGCAGCAGCGCGGCGUCGUCGCCCCGUGGCCUCUGCCAUGCCAGGCACCACCCUGGGACCCAUCUGCCUCAAGGCUUUCUCCGGUGGAGGGGAUCUGUACGACACGCCCGGGGUGCAUCUGCACCAUCGCAUGGCCGCCAUGCUGCAUCCGUGGGAUCUGCACCACCUCGGCCCGAAGCGACGGCUGAGAUCGUUUGUUGUCACUGGGCCUCUGGAGCAGCACACAGGCGCAGGCAAGGGAAGGGAAAAAACAGAAGAGAAAGCGGAGAAAGCGGAGAGGGGGGAGAAAGGAGAGAAAGGAGAGCAGAAAGAGAGUGUGGAGGAGGCAGGAGGAGAAGCGCGUGCAGAGGAGGGCACCAGUGGAGAGCAGAAGGGGCUUCAAGGCACCUCUCUCUUCUGGGGCGGCCUCGUUCGGAUCGAUGUGGUGAAGGCGCCAGCUGGCACAGCUCUCACCUUCUUUGGCCCCGUGGCCAUCCGCGUAUCCACCGUGCCCACCCCUGCCGCCAAUGCCUUCUAUGAGGUUUGUUCCAUCUCACCCUCCCUCGCAUCCUCUGCUCUCUCAUACCCUCGCCUUCCGCACGUCCUCUGUGCCUCACAUGUCUGGCUGACGUGGCAGGCUGAGGUGGGUCGACUGCUAGUGCCGCCAUCCAAGCCAUUGGAGGAGCCAGCUUGGGAGGGGCUGCCGUCGCAGCGGGCCUUCUCCUUCCGCCUGCCUGCCAAGCGCUCCAGCCCGGUAGCUGACAUCGCAAUCUCCGGCCUCGGGUGGGUCUCCUUGUCUGGCGUAAAGCCACGUCAGCGCACCAACCCCGAUGCUGACGUGUCAUCAAGUGACGCCACCACCAGUUCACAUGCUGGACACGUGGAGCCUACUGGCAGUUGGGAUGAUCCCGAUGCUGCGAACGACGCUCGCGGCGGUAUCACUCGCUUCGAAGGCCCUGGUAAUCAAACGCUGGGCAUGGGUUACAAUGACGAAGAUGGUCAUGGGAGCAGCGGUUUGUUCGGAAAGCAAGAAAGCGAUGUGGAGGUAGUGGUGCAUGUGCCCAAGGGCAUUGAGGUGUUUGUAAGGCCUCCCAUGCCUGUUGGGUGGUUUGCCAACGACUGGUAUCAGUAUGAGGAGCUCAGCGAGAAAGAGGAGAUGUCACGGCCUCGGGUGUUCCACGAUGAAGCUUAA